AUGGACUUCACGGCCCCAUCAUUCUCCCUCGGCAUCGACUUCGACGACCCGCCUCCCGCCGCCACCGACGGAAGCCACCCGCGUGGGCAGGCGCGAGGGUACGCGGCGCCCGACGCGCCGUCCUUCUCUCUCGGCAUCGAUUUCGAGAGCGACGGCGGAGACGACGACGAGCCACGGUUACCCGCUGGAGGCCGCUCGGAGGGGCUGGCGCGGCGCUACGAGGCGCCCGACGCCCCCUCCUUCUCCCUCGGCUUCGACGACGACGAAGAUGAAGACGGCGGUGUGGGCGAGCCCCAGAUCCCCUCUGAAGGGCGCCGGGAGGAGCAGCCGCGGCGCUACGAGGCGCCCGACCCACCCUCGUUCUCCCUCGGCUUCGACGACGACGACGACGGCGGCGGCGGCGGCCCAGGCGAGCCCCACCUCCCCGCCGGAAGCCGCCAGGAGGAGCAGCCGCGGCGUUACGAGGCGCCCGACCCACCCUCGUUCUCCCUCGGCUUCGACGAGGACGAGGACGACUUCGUUGCUCCUGCUCACAGGCGGUGCCACGAGCAAGCGCCACCCCAGGCGGCACCCUCGGACCCCUCCUGCCUUGACGACGAGGUUGACGAGUUCCUUCUCGCCGGCGGCCAACGGCCAGAUCGAGCACGGGGCGAGGCCCUGCACCCAGACCCCGCGCCUGUGCAACCUGAGACGACUCGAUUGAAGAGGUUGCGGAGGGGUCCGGCGCCGCGGCGGAUGGCGCCUCCUCCUCCUCCUAUUCCUCCUCCUAGUGCACGAGCGCCCCUGGUCCCGGAAGCAUCUCCAUGGAAGGCAGCUCGAGGGGCUUUUGGGAGCGAGGAGGAUGAGAUCGAAGCUUCCACUGAUGACGAGUCACCACAAGGCAUGCCACCAUCAGUUGGUAGCUGCAGGACUUCUAGCAAUUCAAAAUUUUCGUUGCUGAGCCAGAGUGUAUUGACGACUCAAUCAGCAAGGAAAACAAAUAUAGCAAAAUUUACACCAUCGUCAAAAUCUGUUGUUUCCAAACCUUUAGAAGACAGCUGCACGAAGAAGCUACUUCCUAAGAUAACAAUAAGUCCACUGAGGAAAAUCCAUUUUCUUGAUUCGGACACUGAUUCAGAUGAUAACAAGAAUCGAAAGAAAGCUAAGAAGCCUGCAAGUCCUAUUAAAAAGAGACAAGAGUCCAUCCACAAGUAUGUGCAGAAGAAGCCUACUUUGCAGCAAAACAGCAAAUCUGAAGGGAGCAGUGUUGUGCAGAAGAGCAAAGAUAACAUGAAUGACAGUUGGGCGACACCAGCCCUUGAUGACUUCUGCAGUGAGUAUUUCAAAUCUGUGCAAGACUCAAGGCCGUCUCAGCAGAAAGAAGUCAACAGUUUCUCUGGUUCCAAAGUUCCUAGACCCUACAACUCUGUUGGUGAAAUUGGGGAAAAUUCCCAGCACCAGAGCAGUUCAAGUCAAGUUGUACUAGAAGAGAAUCUGACUGACAGCCAUCCUCCUGCCAUGCAUUACUUCUUCCAUCAUGAUCAAAUGGUACAGAAGCUGGUCCGGGAAAGAUUGCAGCAUUUUGUUCCCAUUGGGGCAGAAACUUCCCAGGGAAAUGAGUACGGUGUAGAAAAGAAUCUGAACUACAGGGGCCAGUUUGGCCAGAGUGGUGAUCCUAAUGGUCAGUGGAUGACCCCUAAUAGAAUGACACCUAUCCCAGCAGAUUUUGGCAAAAGAAGGGUACAUGCCGGUGGAACUCAGUCUGGCUCUGGUCAUUGGUUUACUGGGGAGGAUGGCAGGAAGGUUUAUGUUUCCAAGAAUGGACAGGAGUUAAGUGGCCGUGAUGCCUAUCGACAGUAUAAGAAGGAAAGUGGCAAGGGAUUUCGCAAGUUCAAGAAAAAAGGUGCAGUUAAGAAGGAAGGUUCUGCUGGAGCUAAACGAGGUUCUGCGGCAGCAGGCAAACGCAAAGCCAGUUCCACAGCCAAACGGAGCUCAGCAGCCAAAAGGAAGCGAUGAAAUAAAAAGUGGUUUUGGUGGUAGUUUUGACGAUAGAGAAGAUUUCACUGUAAUUAGAUUGUUGGACUUCGUCGUGUGCAUUUCAUCUGAUAGAAGAGACUAGAUUACGGUUGCAUGUGUUACUCUGUGGAUAU